AUGACAAACAAAAUUAAAAGCACAAAAAUCAAGACAACAUCGGCAUGACAUUUUGGCAAUACAAUUAAUAAAUUCUAGUGUUAAUAAUAAUGCAAGCUAUUUGGAUUAUAUCGCAAAAUUCCCGGUGAUGAGAGAUGAGAGUAACGAGCCAGCAAUAUGGACCAUUAUCUGACGACAUACAGGAAAGACUACCUGUGGCCCAACCUGCCUCAGACGACAGCUAGUUUGAAGGCUGGGCAAGGAGGCGCCGAUGGAGCUGGUCGGGGCGAGGACACGCCGAAGCUAACAGGCCAAGAACUAGCCUUCUACCAAGCAUGCGUGCAGCACACUCGGCCGCCGGACUGUCGCUGCCCCCAGUACUCCGGGGGGGAGAUGCCACAGCUGCCACCAGGAAAGGAGGGGGGAUGGAGUAGGAAUGAGAUCAUGGGACCGAUGUUAGAUCCAAAACUGUAUCCCGUGCGAGUAGCUGCUGCUCCUGAAACCCCUACGUCACGGUACAACCAGCCCAACGCGUUCUUGGAUAAGUUACAAUCGAAAUACCCGAUGCUGUACAGCAUUCUGCAGAACGAAGCAUCUCCAGAGUUGAAGCAGAGAAUAGAUAGGGACCGUAACAAGACCACGUACCAAGUGGAUUACUGUGAAACUGGUCCUGGAGCCAAAUUCGAGGGUCUUCAACGUGCAGCAGAUGAGAGUGGCACGGGCCCCUGCGCGCAGCCCAUGCGUCUGCCCGGAGACCCGUGCCGCGUGGGGCCCAAGCCGGGUAAAGCGGCGCCCAAGACCAUCUCGAAGCAAGCCGGAGCCGGUGCUGCUAGUGAUCCGAGGGCGAAAUGCGAAACAACAUCAGCGGUACCACCCCUCGGGCGCACGGAGUACCAGGACGGCGUGUCGAAGCUCGGCGCCAUCAUCAUGCGAGACAAACUGCAUCGGAGGUAACGCGGGACCACGGGAGUGCAACAAUCAGCAAAUGGAGAACAAUCAUGGAUUAAACUGUUUUGGAGUUUUUA